AUGGAAAGCGAGGACAGCGCCGAGGAUUCCUCAGCCUCCGAAACCGAAACAGAAACCCAACAGGAAGAUAGAAAUGUCGAGGUGGGAUUCACCGCUCGCCCUUACCAAGUAGAGUUACUGGAAAGAUCUCUGGAAAGAAACACAAUCGUUUGUCUCGGAACGGGAACUGGAAAAACAUUCAUCAGUGUAAUGUUAAUAAAGGAACUCUCACACCAGAUCAGAGAAACCUACAAAAACGGUGGAAAAAGAACUUUCUUCCUUGUAAAUACAGGUUAGAAAUUACGCUUCAGAUUGUUUACGUUUCGGUAUAAAUUCUAGGGGUGGAGUAGGGGUUUGGAAGGUUUUUAGGGGUAGGGAGUCAGUGAACUUUUCGUUCACACCAAAAUGUCUGCCGCCAUGCGAUGAGUGCAAUUUCGUCGUACAAUAUACACGAUCUGAAAUUGCAGUGGAUGGAGAUUUUUUUUGCACUUGCAAGACAAGAUAGGAUGACUUUAUUAUAUCGCAUCAGAAUAUCUCUAAAUUGACAGAAAACGCGUAGCCCCAAGUGAGGAACUUAAAUACUCUCUUAGCUUAACGCUUAUGUUCUUUAAGUUUCUAAUUUCCUUGUUAUUUUAUAUGAUCAUGACAUUUUGUUGUGUGAGCAUUCAGAACAGUUUUGCUGAUAUAAUUUAACGGGCAGCUCUUUCCUCUGAAGCUUUCUACAACCAUGAUUUUAAACAAUGUCCAUUUGGGGAUGCAAGCCAUCCUGAAGGCAACUUUUCAGUCCUGGGGCCCGUUUCUCGAAAGUCCCGAUGAUUAACGGGCCCGGUAAGCUGUCUCCGUUUACAUUAAAGAUCGAGUUAUCAAUACUUUUGCAUCUAGCAUGAUAAAAGUAUCAGGUAGUGAAACAAAAUGGAGUAGUCUGCUAGCCAGGACCAGCGCUCUUAUUCUUUAUAUUUCGAUUUGAAUAUUUGAUUUCGGGUCCGGAAAGUUACCGGGACUUUCGAGAAACGGGCCCCUGGUCUGGAAGGGGUUCGCAUGGUCCGUGAAUUGACCGGUAAACAGAGCCUGAAUCAGGCAAACUCAUGAAAUACAGAGAAAAUCAGAGAAUCGCCAGUUUGUUGGUCACCAUUCUUUUUCCUUCCUAUACAAGGUCAUUUAUGCCUGUAGUAGUCCAGCAACCACCAAGCUAAGAAUAAUUAUUGAUGGCCUUGAUCAGUUCAUUACCAAAUGACAUGAUUCGUGAAUGUAUGGAAAUUUACCCCGUGUUUCAAGAUCCAGACACCCCCUUCCAGACCCUGUUUCAACAUGCUGUUUGAAAUGAGCUAAUCACAACCGAUACAAGUUCAGAGUAUCAUACUAGUGGCCUGUAAUUAGGGAAUUUCAAUCCAUCUUGUUUGCCUAGGAUGUCGAAAGAUGGAUGUUGAAUGAUAGCCAACAAUGUGUAACAAGGAAAGAGGCUGUAAAAAGUGGGUUCAAUUUACCUUAGCUAAUAUCUUUUUAUUUUUCUCAGUUCCUUUAGCCAGCCAGCAAGCCAAGGUGAUUGACAAAAACACAGAUCUGAAUGUCCGGCAUUAUGUUGGCGAGAUGGGAGUCGACUUCUGGGACAAAAAAAUAUGGGAAAAAGAAUUCAAUGACAACAAUAUUUUGGUGAUGACUGCAGAGAUUUUUCUCAAUCUUUUACUCCACAGUUACAUAAAAUUAUCACAAGUAAAUCUUCUGAUCUUUGAUGAAUGCCAUCAUGCCGCAAAGAAUCAUGCAUACAAGCAGAUCAUGGAGUGCUUUGUUGACUGCAAGAAAACUGACCAUCCAAAGAUCAUGGGUCUAACAGCAUCUGUAGUAAAUAAAAAGGUGAAACCAUGGAACAUUGAAUCAGAAAUGCGAGAGCUGGAAUGCACACUAAGGUCAACAUGUGAGACAAGCCAGGAUGAAGAAGUUGAGAAGUUUGCUGCAAAACCAAAUGAACUGGUCUUGAAAUUUUCAAAUGCCGACAUUGAUGACAACACAAAGAUGUUAAUUCAAAUACUUCAAGAUGUUUUGAGUCCAGGAAUGGGGUUUCUUUUAGACUGUAAGGUGCGGCGUGAGGGUCCUUCAGGGAAUGCUCACUGGUAUGCAAAGUAUACAUUCAGAGAGUGUCAAGAGACCUUAUCAGAGUUGGGUCCCUGGGCAGCCAACGAAGUUGCGGGUCACUUGAUCAAGGAUCUGGGUAUGGUGCAAUGUCUAUUACUUGUACAGUAUUUUGUAAAUAAAGUCAAUAAAAAUGAAAAUACUCAUGGAGACUAUAAAUGUGCCAAGGUUGCCACCCCAAACCCUCCUUGUACUUUAAACUUCUGGAAGAAUUUGUAAGGCUGUAUACUGUUGUACUCAGCUCAAACCAUCUUUCAGCCUAACCCAAGUCUAAUUGGAAGACUCUGUUUGAGCUAAAACGAGUUAAAGUAAUUAAAUAUUGAAAAAUAAUAAUCAAAAUAAUAUUAUUAUCCUUUAACCUUAAUAGAGAGAGCAUGCAUAUUUCAAGACAGCAAGGAAGGAAGAAUGCUUUGUGAGUUUAGUGCAACACAGCUGCGACUACUACAAAGUGUGUAUCACAAUUACACAUCUGCUGGCAGUGAAGAUACUGGAAGCACUGAAGAGUUCCACAUCAUGCCUAAACUACAGCUGCUGCUGUCUGUUUUAAGAGAAUUUGGGAAUUCACAAAACAGUGGUAAGAUAUUUCAAAGUUAAUUCUCGGACUUGUAACAAAAUGCUUGGUAAAACAGCUGUCACAAAAAUGACCAUCAUCUUCCUCAAAAUUUGGUUCCACCAUUUUUGAGGAAAUAAUGAGCCAGUUGACAUGUAACCCUUACUUGCAGUAAAAGAAAUAAAUGGGAAGUAGGCAAAACCAAAUGAUGCAAUCAAUGCUUUUGUACGUGGACCGUGGACAGGACCCUUGCCUCACCAAUCCUGACCCCCCCCCCCAAAAAAAAAAAAAACGAAAGAAAAUGUUGGGCUCAUUUUGUUCUCCCUCUGUGAUCUUGUAGGUUGCUUCAAAAUGGUUUUAUUUGGUAGGAAUUGUACAAUAGUUGCAUAAUGCACAUGGUCAAGUAGCCUGAAUUUCAGCUGUGUCUCAAAGCUCUUAAAUUGUGGUCUUGCUGUAAUGAACACCAAAUUUUGGCUUUUCUGUGACUGAAGGUCCCUUUGUGAAAACAGAACUUGUUAAUUUGCUGGCUGACUGUCAAAAAGCUCCUUGGCAUCAAGAUGUACAUUAGCAUAAUAAUAAUAAUCAUCAUAAUCAUCAUCAUCGUCAUCGUCCUCAUGUUAUUGAUUUAUAGAGAACAAGCUUUGUGGCAUAGUCUUUGUAGAAAGGCGAUACACAGCACUGGUCCUCAGUACGCAGAUUAACAUUGCUGCAAAUCUAUAUCCUGAGCUCUCUUUUAUCAAAAGCAACUUUGUGAUUGGACACGGCACGGGAGGGAAAGUUAAUUACUCCAAUGAAACAGAGAUGAACUUCAAAAAGCAAGAAGAGGUACUGCGACAGUUCAGGCUUCAUAAAUUCAACCUUUUGAUCGCAACUUGUGUUGUUGAAGAAGGAUUAGACAUUCCAAGGUGCAACUUGGUGUGCCGGUUUGAUUUUCCGAUGACGUUUCGCUCCUAUGUGCAGUCAAAAGGCCGAGCACGUGCCAAGGAUUCCAACUAUAUAAUCCUUGUGGAUGAAGAAGAGUACGAGGAAAAGCAAGGCGAAUUGGAGGUAGAUUUUGCUGAUCAAAUAGUUGUUGCAUAAAUAAGGAGUUUAAGCAACGACGACCAUGACGACCAUGACGACCACGGCAACAGGAACCGCAAAAAAGCAGCAAAACAAUUUUGCACGUGCAGCAAACUUUUUUGAACAUUUCUUCGCCGUCAUUGCACGACCACGACAUAAAAAUUGCCUAAAUUCACGUUUUUUUAGGACGUUAACUCAAGACAACGAUUUUCUAAUUCCUUUUAUAAAAAAUUUGUUAAACUAGAGCCAGUCCUUGAAAAUUCAAGUCAAGGAAAAAAUUCACCGACAUUUGACAAAAAAAUGGCAUGGAAAAAGAGACGUUUUCGCCACCGUCAUCAUCGUCGUUGCUUAAACUCCCUAAUGUUCCAUUUGAUGGGGAACUCUCGGGGAGGGGGGAGGGGUCCAUGUUAUCCUUUCCCUUUUUCCACCACUCUUGUAAGCUUUCUUAGUAAUUGUGACUUUACUAGUAUGAAAUAGGAAGCUGAAGCAACGACGAUGGCGACGGCAACGAGAACGGCAAAAAAGCAAUCGGUUUACAAAACAACAACUUUACAAGUGCCUUUUUUUGUACAUUUCUUUGCCGUCGCUCUACGACUACAACGUGAAAGUGCCUUAGUUCACGUUUUGUCUGGGACAUGAACACAAGACAACGACUUUCUUUUUCUUUUCCUGCACGUUGAUAAUUCAACUUCAGAAAAAUUUGCCCGAACAUUUGACGAAUUGAACAAGUUGGAAUAAACGCGAUAAAGUGUGAAGUAGCGCGAAUUCACAUUGAAAGAGACGCUUUCGUAGCCGUUGCCUUCAUUGUUGCUUAAGUUUUCUAUUAUGAAGAUCGUCUUAAGUAACGGUUUAGCAGCAUUUAGAUAGGUUGUGGAUCCAGCGGCGUCUUUUUAAGGACGGCGGCAACGAAGUUGUCAAAGAACAACUGGUUUUAGCAAAACAACAGAAAUACAUGUGCGUCGCACUUUUAGUUUUCAUAUUUGCUUUCUCUGCACGACUUCGUCAUAAUUUUGUUAUCCGGGACGUUUAAUAGAGAAGCUGAAGGCGUGUUCUUUCGCUUAAACUUGGGUGCCGUCCCAAACAUUUCAAUCCCAGGAAAAUGCGCAAAUUUGCUCCCAUGUUUUCAUAGAAAAUUCACGCUCGUAGAGGAGUUUUUGCAGAAUCAGACUUCAAUUUAGAUUGCAUCUUUUCCUUCGUAAUUGCAAACAAAUCUUUAAGAUGUGGUCCACUGUGCAGUUUUUGAAAAGCGUAUCUGAUUCAGCGCCGGCAAAUGAAGUGGCACAGAUAUGCAAAAAUGACACGUUUAUGGCAAAAUUUACUGGAGAACUGCAAACGCGAUAAAUAACGGGAGAUUGUAAAUGUUGAACUCGGUGAAUAAAUGGGGACCUCGGAGCAAGGUUGACCGGAGGGGUGGGGGGGGGGGGGGGCUAAUUCGAACGCUAAAGGGUUAGUGUACCAGGGUGGCCCAGGGUUAUGCGAUUAUUCUCGCCCGGAAAAUUUGAAAUCUAGGUGUUCUUCAUUAUUAUAUUGCCACUUAAACUCGUGAAAGUCGAAAAGCUGAAGCGUCUUGAUUUGAAAAAAAUUAAAAAAAUAAAAAGUUAUUCCAUUCUCAGAAAAAUUUAGGAUGGAAUAAACAAUUUACAUGGUAAUAAACUGAAAUUCCUCCCGACUCUGUCGUCGAGUUGCGCCUAGUUGUGGUUUGCAACAAAGCUAAAAAAAUAGCUCUGUUCAGUUUUCCAAGGGAUGUUUGGACCACACAUUUUCAAAAUGAAAUGGUUCCUUUGGAGAACUUACUUAAAGCCUAUUUAGGAUUAUACUGAAAUGGCCUGACAUUUCUGCCUUAUGGUGAAAUUCUUUUUGCAAAUGAACCAGUCUAAACAGCCUGUUCAAACUGUUCUGACUAACUUGGUACGCGUCCUAAUAUUCAGCUUCCCCUCAGAUAACAUGGUGUUGCUUUUAAUCGUCAGAGGAUGCGUGACAUUGAAGAUAUUCUAUCAGAGAAAUGCCAUGGCCGUGAAGAGCCUACAAAUGAAGAGUGUGACGAGGUAGCGGACGCGGACACUUUCCUACCUCCAUACAAACCUGAGAAUGGUCAAGGAGCAAGAGUCACUAUGAGCAGCAGUGUUUCUCUUCUUACCAGGUAAUUGCAUUUUUCCGGCUCUCGACUCGCCACGUGCGUUUUCCCGCUAAUCUGGCUGUAAUAGCCUGUGAAAAUAGCGGACAUUUAGCGACGCUACGACUGGUUUCCCUGCGCAAUGACGUGUGAGGAAUAGACGUAGAAAUUCCGUACUGAUGACGUGUCACUACCCAGAUCUGGGGGGCGAUUCUGAUUGUUUGAAGCAAAUUUCUCUCGCGCCAGAACCAAUCAGAAGCACUACGCAGAUCUGGGUCGUCACACGUCAUCAGUAUGGAAUUUCAGCGCUCGUUCCGCAGACGUCACUUCGCGGGGAAAUAUUUUAGGAAAUUAUGAGUAGGGGUAUGAGGUGGUGAGGUUGGGGUUCAAUGACCCCCCUCCCCCCUCCCCCUUCCCCCCACCUGCUGUUUGUAGCGCUCCGGCGCCUCUGUUUAGGGUCUUCAACGAACGUGGUCUUUUUAAAUAUAGGGCAUGGCAGGGAGCAUCUUUUCUAACACCGCAUUGCUUCUGUUACUAUACUUUAGAUACUGUUCCAAGCUGCCAGGUGACAGAUUCACACAUCUCAGCCCAAUUUACAAGUUUGAGGAAGUUGGAAGAAAUGUUUAUUUGUGUAAACUGCAACUGCCAAAUAACUGCCAGUUACGAAGAACUAUAUAUGUGAGUGCAAGAAAGAAUAAUGAUCAGUACCAGGACUCUGACUGUGAUGAACUGAAGACUUGUUACCCUUAAUAAUCCACAUUAUUUUUAGCUUUAGGUUUCUAACCUCACCAAAAGAAUGGCAAAAGUGGCUUAUUCACUGAAGCAUUUCUGCUAAACUCAUGCACCACAAAAGCGUUUAAUGUUUAAAAAUGAUCGUCAUUGAAUUCCGCUGGAGAGUACACAGUCAGUUCAUCCCUCCUUUAGUUAAACAAAAACAACACUUGACAACUUUUCUCUUUAUUCCAACAUGCAGGGUAUUCCUAUGCCUCGAAGAAACCUCGCUAAAAUGGCUGCCGCUUUCUACGCCUGCGUAGAGCUUCACAAGAUUGGCGAACUUGACGAUAAUCUGUUGCCAGUCCGCAGUUUAUCGGAUGAUGAAAGUGAAUCGGAAGAAGAGGAGGAAGGGUUUGCUGGGAAGAAGAGAGAAAAAGCAGGAACAAAGAAACGAAAGCGAGUGUAUCAAAGAAAGGUAAGGACAAUCGGAGGAUAACUCAUUAAUGCAAAGAAUUAUGUGUCUAUAUCUCCAGGCGCACAGAGUACAAAGUGCGUGAUGAGCCAUACCAAGAGAAAAUACGCUUCACGCCAGAGUUGAGGUGUUCUUCUUCCACCCUCUCUCGCGGGAACCUCUCUUAAUUUCUAAAAGGUAAACGAUAAAUGGCAAAGGUCCUUAUUUUACGUCGGUAACUCGUAAUAGCAUUCAUUAGAAUGACAAACCUGAGGCCGAAGUUGCGCUCAUUUUACCCCUUCCCCUUCAUCAGUAUUCCGUUUUACGGGUAUUAAAAGCUACUGAAAGCUACACCAAAUGGAAAGAAGUCGAAUCAAGGAUUUGAGGUCACACGCCUGGGAAUGGAACUCGGCUCUUUCUUCAUUGAACGCCACGCACUUUUAACUGACUGUGCUUAUCCUUGUUCCUUUAUUUCUCGUGGGUUAAAUCAUUCGGGUAUGACCAUGUCCAUGUCCAUUUCAGUGGCGGAUCCAGGGGAGGUGCUCGCCUCCCCCUUUUUAUUUUUAGACCAAACUGAAACUGAAAAAAAAAAUUUGAGACCGCGCCCCCUUAUCUCAGGGUCUAGAUGACCACCUCCCUCCCCCGCCCCCCUCCUAUCUGAAAGUCUGGAUCCGCCACUGCAUUUAACACAAUACUUGCUAACUGGGAAGUUUAAGCAAACACGACGGUAGCGUCAGCGAAACGUCAAGAAAAAAGUGGACUCGCGUUCUUUAAAACUUUUUUGCGAUUAUUCCAAGCUGCUCAAUUUAUCAAAUGAAGGUAAAUUUUUCUGCAAUUAAAUACUUAAGAGCGCAUUCAAUUCGGAAAGAAAAAGGGAGUAUUGUCCAUCGUUUGUCAUGUCCUCUGGCUAACUCUACAUGGGAAAGGUUCAGGUUUAGUGACCACAUAGAAAUGUACUGGUAUGCUGCAGGUUUUGGAGACUAAGAGGGUGUAUGUUGAUAUGAGUACCAUUACCAGUUCCUACCUGAACUCCUUAUUCAGUUAAAAUUUUAUCCUUCCUUAUAUCUAUAGGUGAUACCUUUUACAGAAGAUUUAUUUAUUUCAUUUUAUUUUUGUUUUCUCUUUACUUACCGUCAUUUUGCCGACUUUAUAGGAGAUAAUUACUGUAUUGUUGCCCACCUAGAAUAGCUCCGCUAAUUGUGGGUAACAUUUGUCAUUUGACAAUUGAAUAAACUCUUGUUGUUGUAGUUGUUGUUUACUCUUUGAGCCUAUAGCUUUCUGCAUAGUCCUGUUACCAUUGCCGUUGUGAUAGCUUAAUUUAAAAACUCCCGAAUGACACAGCUAGAGAAAUGCAUGGCGCUAGUCUGCAAGAGAACGGGGAACUGAAUUUUGCUCGGGCCAAACUAAAGAUUUUACAUGUAACGGGUUAGGUCUUUACAUAACCGAAACAAUCUCGUAGAAUGGACAGUCCCGCCUCAGUAACAAAACGCAUGGCUAUGACUACCCCUCUUCUUUUCGGAAGGAGGAAGAGAGAUCAACAAUGAAGUGAUAAUGGUUGCAUUCUAAUAAUAACACAUCAAGCGCCAUGACUUGUCUGACUUCCGUGAUAUUUGCUUUACAAUUAUUUCUUUUCUUUUUGCUUGUCUAGGUUCCUCGGGUAUUCAGAGGUAGCUUGCCACAGGAGAGUCAGCCCCAGUACCUCACGGCUAUCACUAUAACUAUCACCAAACUCACCAGCCGACAGGGUCUUGAUGUGAGCCAGCGAUACUUUUCAGAUGGUGUCUGCCACCUGUUUGGAUUAUUGACGAAUGUCCCAAUUCCUGCGGUUAGUUCUAGUUCAGUCACUUUAGUUUUACUGUGGAGUAAAAUGUCCUCUUCAGAUGUGAUCGUCGAUUUUCAGCUGCUAUGCUUGUGUCCUCAGAAUAAAUUUUUAAUCUUUAAUCUCUCAAGAUAGUCAAAAAGUGUAAAAGAAAAUUGCAUAAAUCGAAAAAACAAAACGAUCAGUAUAUACUACUGCGUGAAAGGAGUGCCAUGAAAAUGUUUUAUAACUUGAUACAGACAGUCACAGCCAAAUUCAACAGACAUUCACAGUUUCAACCUGACAAUGAAACAGUAAAACUGAAUAUAAUAUUAUGUGUUAACAUCAGAUAACGUUACAGAUCCUAAAUAUAAGGGUUUAAUAAGAAGAACUUGAUUGGUUGAUUUAUUGUCUGACUGAUUGUUGAUUUAAUUAUAGUCGAUUAAUUAACGUGGUUUACUUAAAUCCACAGGUGAGAUCAUUCAAACUUUAUCCCGACUAUGGAGAAGUUACAGUAACGCUAAAAUGCCACAAGGCACCACUGCGCGCAAGGAUGACACGACGAAACUUGGAAAUUGUUCAAAACUUCCAUUGUUUCUUGUUCAGUCAAGCUCUUCGUGAGUCCGUUAAAUUUAAACCUAAAGGGUCCGAGGGCAGUACAGAUGGUUAUUUUGUUGUUCUUAUGAAACCUAAUGGGUAUGACGUGGACUAUGAUUCUAUGCGCCAUGCUUUAACAAGGCAAACUUCGCUGAGACCUCUAACCGGUGAAACCCGCAAGAUUGACGUUGACAUGGUGGUCUCAAAAAAUUACAUGGAGUCUCGACAAAAGUUUGCGGUUUUAAACGUGCGCCAUGAUCGGAGUCCUAUGUCACCCUUCCCAGACAAAUCCAAAGCCAAAACUUUUGAAGGCUACUUCCGGGAGUAUUACGGAAAGUCUUUUACAACCAUGAAACAGCCUCUCAUUGAAGUAAAAGACAUUUCUGGAAGGGUCAAUUUCCUGGUGGACAGAAAGGUGGCAGCCAAGAGUAAGCGCGACGUUAUUGAACUUUUCCCGGAAUUAUGCAACGUGUUUCCUAUUUCUGCUUCCCUUCUCAGUGUGUCUCUGAUGCUGCCCUCAAUUUUACACCGUGUGAACGCGCUCCUGCUUGUUGAUGAUGUCAAGGAAAUGGUCGAUGGAGUGCGUGACAACACAGAUGAAUCUAGCUUCCCUUCAAUUGGUGCUGGUUAUGCUAACGAUGGAAAGAGUUUACUCCGUACUGAUAAGGACAGCUUCUCAUCGAAGAAGAACGUGGGUCGUAAGGAUUAUAAUGAGCUUUUUUCAGAUUUAAAAUCCUUGUUCAAUGGAAAGCGAACUGCUACUGUUCAUCCCGACUCCGCAUUUGUGCUUCAAGCUUUGACCACCACCCACAGCGGAGACGCCUUCAAUCUAGAAAGGCUCGAGAUGCUUGGAGACGCUUUCCUAAAGCUGGCGGUUUCACUUCACCUCUAUUGCACCUACCAUGACAAAGAUGAAGGAAAACUAACGCUGCGCAAGGUGAGACAGAUCAGCAAUUUGGCGCUGUUUCGUGGGGCUGAAAGAACCUCUUUAGCAGGGUUCCAACAGAGUACUCAACUUGCACGUGAUGUAUGGUGUCCCACUGGAUGUCAACAGAGUAGCGCUGAAUCAGGCGUUACAGUUAUGGAAAUCGAUGAGGUGAGGGGGAGUUCAGAGGCUACGAAAAUGGAAGUCGAUGAUGCCGAUAGCGCGGAACAUCAGGGCUUAGGAAGCAGGCGAGACAAGUGUAACACUCAGGUCAUAGCAGAUAAGUCUGUUGCUGACAGCAUGGAAGCUCUCAUUGGAGCGUAUUUGAUCUGCUGUGGUUACACCGGAGCACUUCGCUUUAUGAAGUUCCUGGGUCUUAAGGUUCUUCCUGAGGAUGAUGACAUCGACACGGACAUUGGUGAGCUCGCUGAGAAGAGCAGAAAAGGGUGUUAUGCCAGAUUUUGGCCUGAGCAACCCAACACAUCAGCAGCUUACCAAAGUCAUGAUAUGUUGUCACAGAUGGUCUCUGGCUUGGAGAAUUUUGAAAAGAACUCCAUUAAGUACACGUUCAAUUCCAAAUUGUAUCUGGUAGAAGCUUUGACACACGCCUCGUAUCAGGCUAACCGAGUCACGCCCUGUUAUCAAAGACUGGAGUUCCUUGGAGACGCCUUGUUAGAUUUUCUGGUAACACAACACCUAUAUUUCCGUCACGAAAAAUUGUCACCCGGUGAGCUGACGGAUAUUCGCCAGGCUUUGGUGAAUAACAACAUCUUUGCAGCCAUUGCUGUGAAAUACGAGUAUAACAAGUAUUUGAGGCAGAUGUCACCGAAAUGGUUUAAAUCCAUCGAAAAUUUUAUCACUAGAUUGGACGACGAAAAAGAAGAGAAUCUGGUAAGUUGAGCUUAUUGUGCAGCUGACCNUCCAUUAAGUACACGUUCAAUUCCAAAUUGUAUCUGGUAGAAGCUUUGACACACGCCUCGUAUCAGGCUAACCGAAUCACGCCCUGUUAUCAAAGACUGGAGUUCCUUGGAGACGCCUUGUUAGAUUUUCUGGUAACACAGCACCUAUAUUUCCGUCACGAAAAAUUGUCACCCGGUGAGCUGACGGAUAUUCGCCAGGCUUUGGUGAAUAACAACAUCUUUGCAGCCAUUGCUGUGAAAUACGAGUAUAACAAGUAUUUGAGGCAGAUGUCCCCGAAAUGGUUUAAAUCCAUCGAAAAUUUUAUCACUAGAUUGGACGACGAAAAAGAAGAGAAUCUGGUAAGUUGAGCUUAUUGUGCAGCUGACCCAGAAAAUUGUUUGUGGCAAGCGAAAUCCUGUUGACUAGUGCCAAAAAAUUAUCUGGAUUGAUAAAAUCCUCUCAUUAACAAGGCUGUUUAACGUAAGGUCUCUAGUACCAUUACCGAGCGUUUGUGGGAGCUGGGUACGACGCUGUUGUGACGCGUAAACGAAGGAAACUAUGGCGACGAGAGUGAUGACGUCACAAAAGUUAAAUUUGUGAAGUUAUGAGAUAGGGUAAUAGGUUGGCAUAUCUUAAAGAACAUGAUAAAAAAAUGCCAACUUGCAAAAAAAGAGUCUGUUGGUGCAAAUGGGUGGGGGAAAAAACUGUAUGUUAAAUCUCGUCCUCGUCCUCAAAUCUGAAAGUCUCCAAUGUUGAUUACGAUACGUAAGAUGGUUUCUAUAGGCAACACCUACCAAUCACAGCAUAUUUUGGCUGUUCAAAUAAUCGGGAUUCCCAUUCAUCUUGGCUGGAAAAACAGCUUCUCGGUCCAAUGUUUUGGUGAGGGCAAUAAUUCUUCUUUCAAUUACUAGUGGCCCUUAUUUUAUUGUUGUGGAAGGACACUAGUUUGAGUUAAGGUACGGUAAAACGAGUGAAAAAAACCUGCAACUUGUUUUUCAACGCUGCUGAAAAAGGAGUCGAAAACCGAUGUUGCGAGGUUUUACCACCCACGUUAAAACCUGUCUUGCAACAAAUCAGAUUCAGAUUGUUGCAAUGUGGGUGAAUACCGACUGCUGAUUGGAUGAAAUAACGGGGAAAUGACGUCUUUUGCUUCAAAAUAAGUUUGCCUUGAGCCGGUUAAACGCACGACCUGUCUCACAGAGAAACCUGUUUUAAGCACCAACACCCACGGGACCUUCGCUGGUGUCCGCUAAGUACAGGUUCGUUUUACUUAAAAUGUGGGAAAAAAAACAUUGAAAUGUAUUGAGCUAUUCGUCCGCUUAAUAUGGGAUCUGCGCGCUUAAUACACGUUUCCUUGUAUUUGUUGCAAGACAAGGUUGAUUCGUUGGUAUUUGGCUCUAGGUAUAUAAAAAGGAGCUAUAGCUAAAGGUGACAAACGCUGGUAAUAGUUGUAAGAGACUCAAACAUCUAAAUGAAGAUAUGACCGAUGCAGUUUUGAUCGCAAAUUAAGCCCGACAAGAAUUCAGGGCUUUAACGGGAUUCCCAUGCAUGUAAGCAUCUUUAUCCCAGACUCCCUUGUUCGUGUUAUUCUGGUUCGUAAUGGAUCUUCAGUGUUUAUUUAGCAAAGGCUACGGGAAAACGUACUGAGCAAUUGUUUUAUAAUUCAUAGGGGAUUGCCGAUCCAUUUAUCAUCAUAUCCACAAAAGACGAAGAAGGUAUCGAAGCUCCCAAGGUCCUGGGUGAUAUUUUUGAGUCCGUGGCUGGUGCAGUGUUCUUGGACAGCGGUAUGGAUUUGACCAAGGUCUGGGGAGUGUACUACCGCAUGAUGCAACCUUACAUCGGUAUGACAUCAUUUUUCAACGUUAGAUAAUGUCCCCUCCUGGUGACGGGGCCGCCACUCCUUCGUGCGUUGUCACCCGAGCCCUAAAGGACUAGUCCCCUGCAAAGCAAAGGCGCUACCUUUUUCAUCAGUUUUUUUAAAGGCCUUGUAAUCAUGUCUGGAUUUGAGGAUCGAACGUGCAACCUCCCCCGGGAAGUACUUCUCCCAAAAAUUGGGCAGGGGGUAAAAUUUGUGGAUUGGCUCCGCUCAGGGUGCUAAAUUCUAAUUAUGACGCGACUAGAAUGGCCGCAGCACCUAGCCACAAUAUGAAAGGCGCUAUUUGUUCGACAAAAGAAUAGUCCUUGACGCUAACGAAAACUGUUAGUGCGUGCAAAAGUAAGUAGAACAUUCAAGGUUCAAACUGCGAAUUUAAGCCGCGCCCACAGAUUUUCGGACAAACGUCUCGUCAUUUUUAUAAUGGUAUCCCCCUAGAAACGUCCCGCUCUGGGGACGAGCGGCGAGACGUCAGUGGUUUGAAAACUCGGUUCUAAAGUUUAUGUCUCGUGACAAAUAAAAACUGUUACUGUUUACUUGACCAUAUUGAUGCUUUUGCAUGUUACCAUAGUCAAACUCAUUCAACAGGUUGCAACAUGAACCAUUAUUAUAGUUAAGAACUACGUGUUUUGUUCUUUGUCAGACCACUACUCUGUAAACAUACCGAUCAAUCCCAUCAGGCGUGUGUACGAAGAGGACAACGAACGGGAAUUUAGGUACGUGAGGUAUUGAAAAUGUUCAUAUUCCUGUGUAGGACACAGGAGGUAGUCAUGAAAUAAUGACCCUGUCGCUCUUAACUCAUAUUUUUCUCUCUGUAGGGUUUUACACUUUUUCUCGCUUUUGCACGAGUUCUUCAAAAGAUAAUAAUAAAAUCAGGUUUUUAGCUGUACAGGCAUUUAAUUUCCGAGUUAUUUUAGUUUGAAUCCGAACAUAAACUGUCAAAAGAUCAUCCAAGGUGACGACAACAAUCUUGUAAGGACUGUCCUUAUCACACGGAUGGUCGCAGAAGAAAAACUACGAACGUUGUAGUUUGCUGUAGAAAAAAUCUUGUAAGGGAUGCUGUUUUCUUAAUCAUUUGUCAACUGAUUUGAGAAAGAAACUUGGAGUCUGUAAUACCAGAAACAAAGCGAUAGAAAAUCACCCACACUAAGGCGACAUUGACUCAAGACUACAGCUUCAUCAUCAACAACCUUUUCAAUGACUGUUGACCCCAGAAAUAGAUUCCAUGCUGCUGUGCGUCUGUUCAGUAAUAGAUCACAGAUGACGUCAAAAUGUGGUAAAAACAGCGGCGAGUGUGUCACUUUUGGUUUUAUACAGUGAUCACAAGAGAAAAACUGAGACCGAUACACAUAAGCUUACCUGCCUCGUAACGCUUGACUGUUCGAGGAUUUGUGCUAGUUUAGGCAUUUUUGAAGACCCAAACUCUACUUUUCGUCUCUCAUCCUCAAUGUUGUGCCACUGUUCGAGCUACCUUUAGAAAACAACAAACACCCCAACUUUGAAUGGAGCGGACAGGGGAGGGGUGUGGAUUCUUAUAUUCUUUUGAGUGCAAUGUCUCAACAAUUUUGUCGCCGAUUGUAGCUAUGUUUUAAUAGAUCUUGGGUAACGACAAAUCACAGCGCGCGUAGCAUUUACAUCAUCAUUGUAUAAUUUGUAAGAUUCCUGUUCAUAUCUUUAGCAAAGCAGAAGUUCUUGCCGAUGGAAGGGUCAAGUGUACUUUACGAGUUUCCUGGGGCACGUUCGAUGGUCAUGGCAAAAAUUCCAAAAUUGCCAAGGCUACCGCUGCAAAGCUGGCAGUGCAGGCGCUGGACAGGAGAGAUUCACCAGGAACAAGCCAAGGAAGUGGCUAAUCAAGGGAAUGGACAUCACCAUGGUAACGGUGACAGACAGCAACCUUUCAGAACAAGAAUCUAAAGGAAUUAAGCCUAAGAAGACUUGCUGGCUUUUAUUAACUAAACAAAGAUUGUACUUCAUUGUACAUUCAAUUCAUACUCACCUAAUAUUGUGCUUUAACAAUUGUGUUUUUUUAAUUGUUUAAUAUUUUUUUUACUAAUGUGUACUCCUUUCUUUAGCAUCCACAAUCAGGAUGAGUGAUGGACAGUUCCUUUAUACGUAAAUAACUAAACUUGCUGGGUAGCCUACGGAGUAGGCGCAUGAGAAAUAUGGCGCGGAAGAGCCAUACGCGCGAGGGAGGCUUAUCUCUCGUUUGCGCGACAGUUCAUCGGCCAUAUGAAUUAUUUAAGUCUUACUUAAAAGUGUUUUGACCAGAAAUCUUUGAAUUUUAGAAUUGUUGUUUUUUUGGCCACUCUUUUGAGUAUAAUAAUCAGAAUAGAAAUUCAACCCACUCCCUUUAGGAUAAUAAACAACAGCACCAUCGGAAAAUACUGCCCAGUAGCUUUCAGAUGAAUGGUUAAACUUUAAAAUUUCAUCCAUUUUCUCAGAUUUAUAUGCAUCUUGUUGGGUUCAGUGGCCUUCAUUUUUAAGUCACUGUUUAUAUUUUAUCAUGAUCCACAGCUUGGAAAGCUAAAACCAAUUUUCAUGACUGAAGAAUUUUAGUCAACGAAGAACUCCCUCCUUUCACCCUCACUGGCUGUGAGAGUCAGUAAAGUAGUUUAAAAUAAAAAGGGUACUGUCAUUGAGCAAAGUCAGACCCUUCUGGGAAACUGCCCACCUACCCCUCCCCUAAGUCAACAUUAACACUUACUUCUCACUU